AUGAUAGUAUAUCCUUAUGAUAGUUCAAUUAUAAUCUCUCUUCAAGGCAAUUUCUACUAUCUAUUCGUUUCCUUCGGUAAAUGUUGCGCUGGUCUUCAAAGCACCUAUAGUAUUCAUGUCGGCCGCUCCCAACGUCCAUCAGGACCCUAUCUAGACAACAAAAAUGUUCCGAUGCUUCAAGGAGGUGGAAUGCCUUUACUUUCAUCUGAUGACCAAAAAAUAGGCCCUGGAGGGCAAAGCCUUUUAAGAAUAAAAAGGACGGGAAAGAAAAAUAUGAUAAUUCUUGUUUAUCAUUAUUAUGAUGGAUUGAAUAAAGGAGUGCCCAAAUUGGGAAUUAAAAGAUUGGGAUGGACAAGUGAUGGAUGGCCGUUUGUUAAGGAUUUGCAGUGA